AAAUUGUCAAAUAUUGUCAUUUCCCUUCCCGUCUCUGUGGGAGAGUUUCACAUUCUUUGGGAUUUUUCCUGUUUUCUCUGAUUUUUACAAAUAAAGUAAAUGUGUAUUGUUAAAAUUUAACUACAUACUUUAUUGCGUGCAUGAGAGAUUCGCGUUGACUGCCCAGAGUCCGCGAAUUUCUUGUUAUCAUUUUGUUAUCGCACCGGGCGUGUCUGCAUUCCAAACUUGACGUUGUUUUUAGGUGAAUUUCAGGCACCAAGAUGUCGCAAACUUUGACUUUUGGUGACUCAUGCGCUCCGAUUACUUGCCAUGCCUGGAACAAGGAUCGAACCCAAAUUGCAUUUUCACCAAACAACAACGAAGUGCACAUAUACCAGAAGGAAGGCAAUGAGUGGAAGCAGACUAACAACCUCGUGGAACAUGACCUCAAAGUCAUGGGCAUAGACUGGGCACCCAACACCAACAGGAUUGUCACCUGUUCUGUGGACAGGAAUGCUUAUGUGUGGACUCAGGGUGAUGAUGGCAAGUGGACAACUACCCUGGUACUCCUGCGUAUCAACCGCGCUGCCACAUGUGUGAAAUGGUCUCCCAAUGAGAACAAGUUUGCAGUUGGUUCUGGUGCCAGACUGAUCUCAAUCUGUUACUUUGAGAAGGAGAAUAAUUGGUGGGUAUCCAAGCAUAUCAAGAAGCCCAUAAGGUCCACUGUGACCACUCUUGACUGGCAUCCAAACAACAUGCUUUUAGUUGCCGGGUCUGCUGAUUUUAAAGUGAGAGUCUUCUCUGCAUACAUUAAGGACAUUGAAGACCAGCCCGGCCCAAAUGUGUGGGGAUCAAAGCUGCCUUUAGGUCAGCUAUUGGCUGAAUUCCCCAACUCACCAUCUGGUGGAGGCUGGGUUCACAGUGUGUCCUUUUCGGCUGAUGGGAAUAAAGUGGCUUGGGUUGGACAUGACAGCUCCAUCAAUGUAGCUGACGCUACACAGGGAAAAGCUGUUAUCAAACUAAAGACUGAAUUUCUACCGUUCUUGGGAUGUAAUUGGAUCUCCAACAACUCUUUGAUUGUGGCAGGCCACAGCUGCAUUCCACUGCUUUACUGCCAUGACGGGAAUGACAUCAAAUUCGUGGCCAAACUUGACAAUACUCAGAGAAAGGAGUCUGGAGGACUGUCUGCCAUGAAGAAAUUCCAAAGUCUCGACCGACAGGCUCGCAUCGAGACCAAUGACACAUUCCUUGACUCCAUUCACCAGAAUGCAAUUACUUCUAUUACCCUUUAUAAGGGAACAAAGGCUAAUGCUAAGAAGUUCAGUACCUCUGGACUAGAUGGACAACUUGUCAUUUGGGAUCUGGACUCCCUGGAGAGGUCCAUUGAAGGGCUCAAGAUAGUCUAAGCUGACUAAGAAAACACCGCCGAUUAAUGUAUAACUUUAUUUUUAAGGAUAAAUAAUUAGUUGCGUGCGAGUUCUGAAGUCACUCUCAGAAACAAACAUGAAAAGCCGUGGAAAUAACAUUGCAAUCACAGUCCGCUCAGUCUAGCAAAACAAUAAGCAGAACGCCGAGUGAAUUCAGCUCCCUAGCCAGUAAAAACUUCAAAUAUACAGAAUAAUAAACUAUAAUUUAUAGAUACAACUUCUAUGAUUCUUUAUUAUAUUAUACAAUUUUAAUUUUUAACUGUUGAUAAUCAAAUAAUAAUUUAUAUAAAUUAGACAUAAGCUACGCCCUAACAAUAAAUCACUUUUAAUACUACUGAAGUACUGAUUGCUGUCAAAUAUUACAUUAAAAUUUAAGGAAUCAACAAAA